AGAACAGGGCGUAUCUGCAGAGGGCGCAGAAAUCAUUAUGGCAUCCUGGAAACCUGGCACAGAGAAGCAGUACAGGCCACACAUCAGAAGGUGGGCCCAGUUUUGUCAUAGACGGGAUAUCGAUCCCGUUAAUCCCACUGCACCAGAAAUAAUAAACUUUUUAACGGAAACAUUCCACCGGAACGUGGGCUAUGACAGUAUCAACACAGCAAGAGGUGCUCUAUCUUCAUUGGGCAUUGUAGUCAAUGGCUGUAGGGCAGGGGUCCACCCUCUGGUGAUCCGCUUUAUGAGAGGGGUGUUCAAUUUGAGACCAACCAAACCCAGGUACACAGAAACUUGGGAUGUUAAGCCCGUUUUGCAGAAACUGAGAACGAUGUACCCACUGAAAAACCUGUCACUUAAAGAAGUCACAUUAAAACUCGUGAUGUUGAUGGCACUGACACAAGCUGCCAGAGUACAGACGUUACACUUGCUGGUAUUAAAUGGCAUUACUAUAGGAGAUGACUUCAUUUCUGUGCCUUUGGGGGGAAUUCUUAAGCAGGGUAGGCCUAGCUACAACAUUCGUAGAAUUAAGUUUCAGGCUUAUCCACAGGACGCCAGUUUAUGCGUGUGUGAAACUUUGAAAUGCUACAUUAAAGCCACACAAGAACACCGACAAAUCACUCAACUCAAUGACAUUAAAUUAUUCAUAAGUUUCAUCAAACCACAUAAAGCAGUGUCUAAAGACACUAUUGCACGUUGGCAGAACUAUGCUUAA